AUGGAUAUGAAGCAGCUGCUUAAGGCUUCUCAAACUGGAGAUGUCCCGCUUUUGCGUCAAUUGCUGACAGAUAAUCAACAGCUUCUGGAAUAUGCUCCACUAGCUUCCGCUGAGAAUCCCUUGUCUCUUGCUACAGCUGCUGGUCAUGUGGACUUUGUCGAGGAGAUUCUAAAGUCGAAACGAUCUCUUGCGAAAGAAUUGAACAAGGAUGGCUUUAGCCCCAUGCAUGUGGCAUCUGCUAAUGGCUAUCUGGAGAUUGUAAGGGCUCUGCUGAGAGCUGAACCUGAAUGCCUCCAGGUUAAAGGAAAAGAUGAAUGGACUCCACUGCAUUGUGCUGCUAGGAGAGGCAGGGCAGAUAUAAUCCAAGAAAUAGUUUCGGCUUGUCCAGAGAGUGUGGAACAUGUGACAAUUCUAAGGGAGUCUGCAUUACACCUUGCUGUUAAGAAUAGCCAAUUUGAAGCAAUAAGAGUCCUGUUGGAAUUGGUGCGAGAAAUGGAGAAGCCGCAUGUCCUGAAUAUGAAGGAUAACCUUGGCAACUCAGUUCUUCAUCUAGCAACUUGGAAAAAGCAACACCAGGUGGUGGAAUGGUUAGUUGGCAUCGGAACUGCUCCAGCAGGUGUGUUGGAGGUAGACAGUGUAAAUCAGAGAGGUCUCACUGCUCUUGAUUUGCUACUAGCUUUCCAAAGUGAAGCCGGUGAUAGGGAAAUAGAGCAGAUUCUUCGUGGUGCUGGAGCUGAUUUGAGAGCACGAGAGGGAGUCCGGUCUCAUUCUGAUAACCACACUCAAAUGUCAUCACAGACUCAUCAAGAGGAGCUAGACGAUAUGGAGUACUUCAAGUUCCAAAAGGGCAUAGACUCUGUUGAUAAUGCACGUACAGCGCUGUUAGUUGUAGCUGUAUUAGUGGCUACAGCGAGCUAUGAAAUUGCACUCAACCCUCCUGGUGGUCUUUGGUCUGACACAAACUUGAACCCAAAUGGAACUGAGCCACCACACCUUGCAGCCACUGCCAACAUAGCUUCUUUUUUUCCUAUUUACUCCAUCUUUGGAGCCAUUCUGAACUGCAUUGGGUUUUCAGUUUCUCUUCACAUGAUCUAUGUCCUCACAACCAAUUUCCCUUUGCGGUUGGAGCUAAUAGUCUGUGGCCUUGCAAUGUACGUAACCUACAUCAAUGGAUUGAUUACUAUUUCUCCAGGUGAAACAGCAGGUUGGUACUCACUGUUUGCUCUUACACCAGCUUUGCCUCCGGUGGUACUGUUUGCUGCCAGAAGGGUUAGGACACUUUUGAACAAGCUAAAAGCACUUCUGCGCAAUCGGAUGCCAACUUGAGUAGAUUCAUAUGAUUUAAACUAGCAAGG